AUGCAGGCGAUCUUAUGCGCCCCCGGGGCCAUCAUCGCGCGUCUAAACCCCAGACAAAAAAAGGUGAACAACUUGAGGCAAAAGACGCAGCAUCUUCGAGCGGCGGCCGCGCCAGCGGCUGCGGUUGAGGCGAGCGAGUUGGAUUUCGGAAACUACAUCGCGGACAAGAACAAGGCGAUCGAGCAGGCGCUGUCCGACUCCGUUCCGGAGAUGUACCCCGAGCGCCUUCACGAGUCCAUGCGAUACAGCCUCCUCGCGGGAGGGAAGCGCAUCCGACCCUGCCUGUGCAUCGCCGCGUGCGAGCUCAUGGGAGGCACGAUGGAGGUCGCGAUGCCGACCGCGUGCGCGCUCGAAAUGAUACACACGAUGUCUCUUAUCCACGACGACCUCCCGUCGAUGGACAACGACGACUUCAGAAGAGGGAAACCUACGAACCACAAGGUGUACGGCGAAGAGAUGGCCAUCUUGGCCGGGGACGCGUUGCUGUCCCACGCGUUCGAGUACAUCGGUCGGGAGACCCCGAAGAGCGUUCCCGCGGAACGAACCCUUCGCGUUCUCGUCGACGUCGGGAAGUGCGUCGGCAGCGAAGGCUUAGUGGGCGGCCAGGUGGUGGAUAUCAUGUCCGAAGGCGCGGACGCGGACGAGGUGACGUUGGAGACGCUGAAGUACAUUCACGCGCACAAAACCGGCGCGCUCCUCGAGGUGUCCGUCACCUCGGGCGCGAUCUUGGCUGGGGCGAAGGAGGAGGAUGUCGAGCGUUUGGGGAAGUACGCACAGCUCAUCGGGCUCGCGUUCCAGGUUGUGGACGACAUUUUGGAUUGCACGCAGACGUCCGAGCAGCUCGGAAAGACGGCGGGCAAAGACGAGGCGGUUGGCAAGGCGACGUACCCGUCUCUCGUCGGCUUGGAGGAGUCGAAAAAGAUCGCGGACGAUCUCAUCACCGAGGCGAAGGAGCUUCUCCGUGACUACGAUCCGAAGCUCGCGGCACCGUUGCUAGGCUUGGCGGAUUUCAUUAAGAAUCGCCAAAACUAAAAAAUCUUUUGGUGGUGGGGGUAACGCUCGGGCGGAGCGACGACGGGGAGGGUCGAACGAAUCAGUGGACGCGACGGUUCAUCGGAGGUCAUUAGCGAUAGACUCGAGGGGAUGGACGCGCCGCUUCGGUGUUUUGAUUUGAAAUAAUUGGUCGUUUC